AACGCUGCGCCUCUGUUGCCACCACUUGCUCUGUAUAGACGUAUUCUUAGGGCCCAUAAGAGCCUCCCUCCAGCGCAGAAGGAGCUGGGAGACCUGUAUGUGAGGGACGAGUUCAAGGCCCACAAGUCCACCGAUAACCCGUUGUACAUCGUUGGGUUCCUUACGAGCUGGCAGGAGUAUCUGAACAUGAUCUCUAACGGCUCAUGGGCCGAGGGAAGCAUGACCAAUGAGCAAUUGGCCAAGAUGAGCCCUGACCAAAUCAACCAGCUGUACGAGCUGAUGAAGGAAACAGAAAGAGUU